GGUAUCCAACGAAGGAACGGCUUUGGUGGUGACACGUCACGAUCCUCCCGCCACCACACCAGAGCUUUUGCUUCAUCUCCUUCCUCCUCUACUCUUCUGUGUCUCUAAUCUCCUCUCGCACACAGUACAGCUCGAAAAUGGCUUGUGUUCGUUCGAUAGGGUCUUUAACUUCUGCCACUCAUUCUACUCGAGAUGUUUCACGCUCAGGCAUUGUCAUAUCUUCAUGCUCUGUGCUUCCCAUCAAGCAAUCCUCAUUCACUGGCUCUCCAAUUUCCCUCACGCGGGUCCAACCAUCAUCCCAAACAUCUCUAAAACCGCGAAAACUCAUCCCAAUCACGAUGAUGGUGAAGCCAACGCUCCAAUUCAUCCAAGGAACAGACGAGAUGACGAUCCCUGAUGUCAAGCUGACUCGGUCUAGAGACGGAAGCAACGGAAUGGCGCUCUUCUCUUUCGACCAGCCAUCUGUUUUCGAUUCGAGCGGUGAGGUCGGAGAGAUAACGGGACUGUACAUGAUCGACGAGGAAGGUGUGAUUCAGUCGACGGAUGUGAACGCGAGAUUCGUCAACGGGAAACCUGAAGGGAUUGUGGCCAAGCACGUUAUGCGGACUCCUAAAGAAUGGGACAGGUUCAUGAGGUUUAUGGAGCGUUACUCUGACCAGAACGGCUUGCAGUUCGUUAAGAAGCAAUGAGGUCGGACAUUUUUUUCUAUGAGCAAAAGAGUGUGUAUGUUACCAUUGAUUCUCAACUCUUUUGGUUUAUAUAAUCUUUUACUCUCAUAGUUUUGGUCUUUA